AUGUCUUGGGAAACUCCUGCCGGUGGCAAUGAUUGGGACACGGGAGACACUGCAGUAGUCAAUGGCGGAGGAGGUGGAGAGUGGGAUGACGCUCCUGCAACUGGUUCUUCCGAACAUCAUGCAGCAGAUGAAUUCAAUGAUGACGCUGGUAACGAAUAUGGCGGAUAUGGUGGUGGUGAGGAAAAUGGAGGCGGUGGUGGUGGUCGCAGUGGAGGCUGCUUCAACUGUGGUGAAGAAGGUCACUCCAAGGCCGAAUGCACACAACCUGCGAAAGCACGUCCAUGCUACAACUGUGGCGAGGAAGGACACACAAAGGCAGAAUGCACUAAUCCCGCAGUUGCUCGUGAGUUCACCGGCACUUGUCGCAUCUGUGAGCAAUCGGGUCAUCGCGCAUCUGAAUGCCCUUCUGCUCCACCCAAGCUUUGCAAUAAUUGUAAGGAGGAAGGUCAUUCAAUCAUUGAGUGCAAGAAUCCUCGCAAGAUCGAGCGCAACGACGUCGAAGAUGUCGCAGCUGAAGUUGCUUGGGAAAAUCUUAUCAAGCAAUCUCAAGAAGGUGACUUCGAUGACAUGAAGGAUGAGGUCAUGAAAUACAUCAAGGCUUCUCCAGAUGCUACCUAUGUUCAAUUGGAGAAUGCAUUCCGUACUCAAAACAUCCCCAUCUAUCUCAUUGCCAUGGAGAAGGAACUCAACCAGACCUACACCAACAUGGACUUGCAGGGCAACCUUGAUCGCAAGUUUUCUGUUUCUUGGCGCAAGUCGAGUAAACACAGUCGUCCAAAGGAGAAGGAGAGCUGGCCAGCUACCCCGGAGGAAAAUUUGGAGCGACUUGCCAAUGCUGGAGAGCCUGUUGAUCGUGGCAUUCCUCUCUGUUCCCGCUGCAAUGAGCUUGGUCAUACCGUAAAGCAUUGCACCGAAGAGCGAGUUGAAGGUGAACGUGUUCAAGUUCAGUGUUUCAACUGCAAUGAAAUUGGCCAUCGUGUUCGUGAUUGCCCAAUUCCUCGUGAGGAUAAGUUCGCUUGUCGCAACUGCAAGAAGUCUGGUCAUAGUUCCAAGGAGUGCCCAGAGCCACGCUCCGCCGAGGGUGUUGAAUGCAAGAAUUGUAAUGAGAUUGGUCAUUUCUCUCGUGACUGCCCAACCGGCGGUGGAGGCGAUGGCGGUCUCUGCAGAAAUUGCAACCAACCUGGUCAUAGAGCCAAGGAUUGUACAAAUGAGCGUGUCAUGAUCUGUCGCAACUGUGACGCAGAGGGACAUACCGGUAAGGAAUGCCCAAAGCCUCGUGACUAUUCUCGCGUUCAAUGCCAGAACUGCAAGCAGAUGGGCCACACCAAGGUUCGCUGCAAGGAGCCAAUUGCUGAGGAGGACGCUGACGAUGCCAACGGCUACGGUGGUGGUGAUGCCACAGCUGAUGGCGGUGACUAUGAAGGUGGCGAUGCAGCUAACGAUGACUAUUCUGCUCCUGCGGCUGGUGGUGAUGAUGACAACUGGGCUACUGGCGGUGGUCAAGAGGUUGCAGGCGACGCCGGCUGGUAG